CAAGGACAACAGGGGCAAUAAGGAUCCCUUCGCUCGCCCAUUGCGUCGCGAUCCCAUCCCUGCUGCGCGCGCCGUCACGUUUUACUUGCGGUAGAUGAUCUUCCGUUCCCCUUUGCGGAGCUGAUCGACGCAAGGGAGCUUCGUUUCGUAAUCUGGCCGAUACCUCGCUCCUGAUUGAGCUUCUGAGAGGAGCUUCUCUUCGAUCCCUGACACAAGAAGAUGCUAAUCGGCAGCUAUCUUAGCGCACAAUGGCGAUGAAAGCCCUGCCCUGCUGCCAUGGAUCGCGAUCAUCAUCCAUCAAGAGAUUUCCAGCACGAGGAAGCACCUUUCUUUGGAUCCUCAGAGAUGGAGGUCACUGAAUCGAAUCCUACACCUAUCUCUGGAGCUGAGGUGUUCGUGGAGCUAGCAUCGCGACGCAGUGCUAGCGAGAUCGAAGGCAAGGAAAAUGGCAUCGCUUCGUCGGCUCAAAGCUCCUCGGAGAGGACACACACGACGCCAGUCCAGGGGAAGAUUGCGAUCAGCAAGCCCGCGCGGCUGGGAGAACUUCUCAAUAAGUUACGCAAGCUACAGCAAGAGGAAGAAGAGAGCCUGGAUAAAGAGAAGGAGAACGAGAACGCAAGAGGUAUCAUCACCGGGUCAGUGCCUCGCAUAGCAUCAGCGCAUCAAGUGGUAGAUCUGGACGGGCUAUGGAACUCCAUCGACAAGUCGAAGCCGCUCAUCCUGUUGCAGUUUUCGGACCUCACGUACACGGUCUACGAAAAACGAAGAUCGAGGUGGCCAUUUCGGACGACAAAGUCUUCCAGCUCCGCCAUCCCGGAAGACAACCAAGCCAGGAACUUGCUGGAGAAUGUCUCAGGAGAAGCAAGAGAAGGGGAGAUCCUGGCAGUCAUGGGUCCGAGCGGGUCAGGAAAGUCGACACUUAUCGACGCCUUGGCGCUGAGGAUUGCGAAAGGAAGCUUGAAAGGCAGCAUCACGCUGAACGGGGAGGAAGUCGGUACCAGGCUCUUGAGGAGCAUCUCGGCGUACGUGAUGCAGGAUGACUUGCUCUUCCCGAUGCUGACGGUUCAGGAGACGCUCAUGUUCUCCGCGAACGUGAGGCUGCCUCAAACACACUCACGGCAGAAGAAGGUCGAGAGAGUGAAGAUGUUGCUCGAGCAGCUAGGACUCCAGCGUGUCGCCAACACCAUGAUCGGCGAUGAAGGCAGGAGGGGUGUUUCCGGAGGGGAGAGGCGGAGAGUUUCCAUUGGAAUCGACAUCAUCCACGACCCGCUGCUGCUCUUCUUGGACGAGCCUACGUCGGGGCUCGACUCAACGAGCGCCUACAUGGUGGUCAGGACACUCCAGAAGAUCGCACAGACGGGAAGCGUUGUGAUACUGUCGAUCCAUCAGCCAAGCUACAGGAUCAUGGGGCUGGUUGAUCGACUCAUAUUCCUCGCUCACGGGCAGACGGUAUACAAUGGACCACCUUCGGAACUCGGCUCGUACUUCACGGCUUACGGAAGAUCGGUGCCUGAGCACGAGAACAGCACCGAGUUUGCGCUGGAUCUUAUUCAAGAGUUGCAUUCCUCGCCAGGAGGAAUCAAGCCUCUCGUCGAGUUUUCGAAGCUCUGGACGUCCAAAGAGCUCAGGCCGGAGGAGAUGCUGCUGUCCGCGCCGGCUGUAGACGUGAAAACGGCCAUAAGCGUCAGCAUUUCCAGGGGAAAACUGGUCGCAGCAAGGGCCCAGGCACACGAUUGUGGCGACAGGUGCAACGGAGCAAAGGUGGCGAGGUUUGCGAAUCCUUGUUGGGUUGAAAUGCUCGUCAUCAUCAAGCGCUCCUUGAUCAACAUCAGGCGGACUCCGGAGCUCUUUCUCAUGCGGCUGGGCACAGUUAUCCUCACUGCCGGUCUGCUGGCAACGAUCUUCUGGAACUUGGACCACAGCCCGAAAGGUGUCCAGGAGCGCUUGGGCUUUCUUGCUUUCGCCAUCUCUACGACCUUCUACACCUGCGCCGACGCUCUGCCGGUCUUUCUCCAGGAGAGGUACAUUUUUAUGCGAGAGACUGCUCACAGCGCUUACAGGAAGUCGUCGUAUGUGCUCGCAAACGCGAUCAUCUACGUACCUUUCCUCGGCUUGCUCUCCAUCGCAUUUGCGGCGACGAUAUGGUGGACAGUGGGACUGAGUGGUGGAGCGCCGGGUUUCCUCUUCAUGUUCCUCAUUCUCUGGGCAUCGUUCUGGGCGGGCAACUCCUUCGUCACUUUUCUCUCCGCGGUGAUUCCCAACGUUAUGCUCGGCUACACCGUGGUCGUGGCGCUGCUCGCCUAUUUUCUACUGCUCAGCGGCUUCUUCAUCUCCAGAGAACGCAUUCCCAGGUACUGGAUCUGGUUUCACUACCUCUCCAUCAUCAAGUACCCGUACGAAGCUGUUCUCAUCAACGAGUUUUCUCGAGACGGGGCUUGCUUCGAGACAGGGAAGCAGAUACUGUACGGCACUCCUCUUCAAGACGUGAACGAGACAGCAGUGAAGAUGAUGCUGGCUAUUGUGAGGAGUGCUCUUCAAGGCACCUCCUAUGGCGACAUCGACGAAGACACCUGUGUGAUGAAUGGGAGCGACGUUUUGCACCGGUUUUACAUAACGCAGCUGGGGCGGUGGACGUGCCUGGGAGUUACGAUUGGAUUUGGCGUCCUGUUUCGGUUCCUUUUCUACGUUGCUCUUCGUCGAACCGGUGCUACCAAAAGACAAUAAGCUCGCUGUAGCUACACCCAGAAAAUGUGUUUGUCUAGCUCUAAAAGUCCUGCUAUUGCUGCUCGUGUUGGUAUUUGCAGCUUGGUUUCUUCAUGUCGUCGCCGUUUGCUCCCAGCUGGUCGAUUUGAAUGUUGCAUAGUGCAUUGUUAUACAUUGUCUUGGUAGUGUUC